AUGAUUCCCCCAAUACCCUUUUCUGUGGCAAAGUGGCAAAUCGGCGCCGAUUAUAAGGGCGUCACUUUCCCCAUGGAACUCGUCGAGGAAAUUAUUCAGUACGUGGCAGAAGACCACGAACUGCUCAAGUCUUGCAGCCUUGCCUGCCACACAUGGCUGAACGUUUGCCGUCCUCAUCUCUUUCGACGAGUUUACUUGGACCAUAUCAACAUGGACGAGUUCGCCUCACUAUCUCUUCCUAUUAAUUCCACCAUCCCAAUUUUCGCAAGAAAUCUGGAGUUGGUUUCUUGCCAGGGCGGGGACCGCCGCUGGUUGCGUAGACUGGUGCCCUUCCUUACCGUCAUGACACACAUCUCAUAUCUUCGCUUGGAAAAUGUCGACUGGAUGGGGCUCCAUGACCAGUCCAAGCGAAACCUCAUUUCUACCUUCACCGCCACCCUCACACACCUUACUCUCUCAAAUAUUUCCUUCGCCACUAAGUACAACUUUCUAGCUCCUGAUGAACAGCGAGUGUGUGCUUUGACCAUUAGCGACAAGCAGCCCUUGUUAGAUGACGACGACCCAUCAUCCUCUAUGAUGAUCGAUGCGCCUUCCACUUUUGCCUCCACCACUUCAACAAAGGACACGCCUUCCCACCAGUCAGCUCCCCCCAUGAAGCCUUCUACAUCCAUGGCGUCGACAAAGGGCAAUGGCAAGAGGAAGCGGACGCGUGAACAAGGCGGCAGCCGGACAUUAAAGAAGCAAAAGAAGCACCAGCGGAAGAAGGGGAAGCACCAUGCUAAUACUGAGGAGUCCGAUGCCGAGGAGUCUAACACGGAGGAGGAGGAGGAGGAGGGGGGGGGGCAGAACACCAGCGAGGAUGACAGUGACAGUGAUGAGGAUGUUCCUCUGCGACUGACAACAUGUACGACCGCAAGGCAGCUAGCAAAGAAUGUCGUAACCAACCGCUCCACGCUCAUCUGCGAUCAAUCCUUGAUUGAAGGGCCUCGACCUUUGGAGUUUCCCAUCGUUCCGUCCUCAGCUGGUGAAAUUGUCGAUCCUGCACCACAAUCCAAAAACUCGGCCCUGCCUGACAAAGAGGGAGAAAGUCUCCUCACUCAACGUUGCAGACGAGUAGCGCUGCACUGGAACUCUCCUCUCAUGAAGACCAACCUGGCGGCGAAGCAUUUGUCUUCGCCUGUUUCCCCUCAACCUAACGACGUCGCUCCCUCCCCAAAUCCUACUCCUUCAACAUCUACUCAGCCCCUGCAUGCAAAUACUGCACCUCAAAGCCUACCAAACCCUGCUUGGCCAACAUGGUUCACGAACGCAGACGAAAUGUUAAAGAACAAGAACCUCAGCCCUAUCUUCUCACCCCUCCUUCCUCUCUACGUUGAGCUUGAGUCACGUACAAAUUUUGAGGUUGGGGGGCACACAACUGGUUUCCGGAAGGGUGAUAGACCAGAUGAGGUUUCUUGGUGGAUCGGCCACGGGCGCGAAUGUGAGCCGACAAUCAAGAAUGUAGAUGUUUUCGAUAAGUGUUGGUGGUCCUGGUGGAAGAAUUUGCAGCCACCAUCUCGAAAGGUUGCCGCCAUCGAAGGUCUUCUCGGAGGCGAACAUUGUCUGGUAGAGGUGCAAGAUGAUUGGGACGUGCUUCGCAAGCAUGGGCAGAACAGAUUUCUGACCGUGCUGUCAACUCUCGCAUGGUGGGACUCUCACGUGGUGGGGCAGCUCAAUCAACGGUAA